AGAGAGAGAGAGAGAGAGAGAGAGGGAGGGAGGGAGGGAGAUAGAGAGGUACUGCAGAGCCGCGAACGACGAGGCAGAGGCUCAGUAGUUCUCGAGCACUUGUGUAAAGAUGAAGGAACCGUGGAAGAAGACGUGCAACGGCAAGGUAAUAAUCACCUUGAACGACGAGAAAACCACACCUACAGAGGUCGAGGUGCCAGUGGAUCUCAACUGGACCAACCGCAGCGAGAAGAAAUGCUCGGCCAACAAAGCCGUCCUCCUCGUGGGCGUCGUUCUCGUCCUGGGUCUGACAAUCGUCACCCUCUUUAAGGUCCAGAACCUCGUCUACUCGACGAGCUACAUCAAUUGGCGCAUGCAAGAGCUCGAGUCAGCUGUCAGCGACAGCACCGACGAUGUCAAGCUCAUCAAGUACAAACUGUCGCUGGAAGACAGAGAGGAACUCGCCUCGGCGAAGGCUGAGCCUCUGAUCGCUUCGGUGAAUUCGAAGAACGCGGAGAUCGACAGCCAGGAUCUGAAGCUUUCCGAAUCGCAGAACCAGAAUCGCAAGCUCACGAAUUCCCUGAACGCGGAACCCGAGACCAAGAACUCCAAGGAGGCUGAGGUGCUCAGCUCCGGAAAGAAUCUCGAGAUUCUGACUCCCAAGGAAAAUACCCCGGAGAACAAGAACAACAAAGACGCGGAAUCAACCGAGUUGAACGACGGCCGGGACCACCCGAACCCAUCUGAUCCCGAGGAGUGGAUCAAGCCUCUGGUCGAGACUUUCGACAUCUUCGGCAACCAGCCCAUCGAGGACCACUUCAUCCACAACGUGCUGAUGAAGCUCCUCAUGCCCGAGAACAACUUCGAGGUGCUCGAGUUCAACAAGAUGCAGGAAGCCAACGGAAAUGGCGCCCAGGAGCCCGAGGGCCCUAAAAUCAUCUUCAACCCGAUGCUGCGCAACAAGGAGAGGCUCAACAAACCACUGCCCUUGCCCAUCGAGAGCAUCCUGAUGAAGACCCUGCUGCCUCCGGUCAGCAACUUCAAGGUCUUCCACUUCAAUGAGAAGCCCGAGCAGCAGCAGCAGCAGCAACAGCAGGUCAAUAUGGAGGAGGAGAUGUCGCCCAAGAUGACCUUCCAGAACAUGAAGAUCAGGCAGAUGCUGCCCCCCAUCGAGGGUAUCAUGAAGUCUCUGAUGCCUCCAAACAACAUGAAGAUCUUCCACUUUAAUGACAGGCAACAGCAGCAACCACAAGAGCAGAGCGCCGAGGAGGACAUGCCAAAGAUUACAAUCCAGAGCAUUAAGCUGAAACUCCUCCCUCUGCCCCCGCAAGAGGACUUCAGCGGCAGACGCGACUCGCCAGCCACCAACCUCAACAUCAACCCCAACUUCCACGUGAUCAGGUUGAAUGAAUCCCCGGAACCCAGCCAGGAGGUUGAGGCACCCAAGAUGCCCAUGCCCAUCUCGAGCUUCAACCCCUUCCCCAUCCCGCUCCAGGAGAUCCUCUCGAAGACCAUCCUGCCGGCUACCAAGCACAUCGAGAUCGUCCCUCUGAGGGAGAGGAUAGAGGAUGACCAACAAGCUCAGCAAAAACCCCAGGACGACAUGGACCAACAGGACAGGUUCAACCCUCUGCCGAUCCCCAUCCAGGAUAUCGUGAUGAAGAUGUUGAUGCCGCCCCCACCAAACUCUGAGUCCCAACACUACGGCAACCCCGAACCUCAGGACAAUCAGGCCAACAACAACAGCCCGGACGUUGAGAUCACCAAGGUCCCGGUGCGCACCAUGAAGAUCCAGCCCUUCCACCAGCUGCCCAUCCCGGAGGCGCUCAUGAAGUCCAUGCUUCCCGUCACCAGCUACGGCGAGCCCAUCAACAUGAGCGAGCAGCACGAGGACAUGACCCCGCCUCAACCUCAACCUCAGCAACAGGAACAGCAGCAGGUCUCACAGCAGUCUGAACAGCAGGAUCAGGAUGCGCCGAGAGCGAUGGCGCGCAGCACGAAGCUCAACCCCGUGGACGUACCCUGGGACAUGGCUCCACCGCCGCAGUACCCCAGCGAGCCUGCCCAGAACUAAAUUGAGCGCGAAUUCAACUUCUUUUCCGACGAAAUUACGGGUGAUCGAUUGAAGCAUUUUUCUUAUCUCUUUUCUCCAAUAUUGGCAAUGUAUAUCGAUAAUUCGAAGGCUAGAGCCGAGGCAAAUAAAGGGAGCAUGAAAAUUUUCUACUAGUACGUCCUAUCAUGAUUGAUAUACGUAUGUUAUAUAAGUCUACGUAAGUUUGGCGAAAAAAAGGUAUAUGAUGGAAAAUAUGCGAUUUGAAAAUUGUGAUAUAUAUACUACAUUAGUUCUUAAUUUAAAAAAUCGACUAAGAAAUUGUAUUACGAGAGCGGGAGUAUGGGCCUUCGACGACUGCCAAGUAAACUCCGAGCAAUCUAUCGUUCUCGACUUUUCAAAAUUUUUGUUCUCCUCAUACGCAAUACGCAGUCGUCGAAAAAGCCGUAAACGCAACAGCAAGUACACCUCGGCGUCGCGUCUCUCUCUCUCUUAUUUUUUUCUCUCUAUUCUUCUGUUCAAAACAAUGCCGACAUCGGCGGUGAAAGUUCUCCGCCUCAUCUUCGCGCUCAGAAAACUUUCGCGGGUCGAAGGCAACAGACGUUUUCGCGUAGCAUCUGCAACAGCGUGUGUGUACAUGCAUGUGUACACUUGUAUCUAUAUAUCGAUCGGAAGGAUCGUGAGCAAUUUCCAAGCGCGCGCGAGAGAGAGACAGAGAAAAGGAAAGAAGGCGGAGAAAGUCGUCGGCGAAAGGCGGCGUCGCGUUUUCCGAGAUCAACGAACACACAAAAACCGUCGGAUGGCAAUAGGAAACUACCAGAUUACGUGAUCAUUUCGCGCUUACACUGCAUUAUACUCCGCGUCCGUUUCGUCACUCAUGCGCGAGGUUGUUAACGUGUAUACGCGGGAAGAGAUGCGAGAGGAAGAGAAAGAGAAAGAGAGAGAGAGAGAGAGAGAGAGAGAGAGAGCGAGAGAGAGAGAACCGACGCCACUUUGUGUACCGAGCCUUGGAAAUAAUUAUACCGAUGCACGUAUUAUACGCUCCGCGGUUCCAUUCCAAAAAAAAAACACGUCGACCAGGCGUCAUUCUCUUCCUAUUUAUGUACCGGAAAAAAAGUGGAGCUCAUUGUUACCAAAAGCCGAAGAUUGCGAAAUUCCUUUGGACGAGUGAUAUAUACCUGUUAUAUGCGCAGAGAUUUUAUUUCGUGUUUAUUUAUUUUUUUUUUCAACCAUGUGUAAAAUUUCUCUGGACAAAGCUUUGUGAAAAUCUCGUUAAUAAAGUGCAUGUUCGAUCUAAAGAGUUUUUGUAUACUGUGUAUUUUUUACUCACGAUAAUAUAGCUUACAUCCACUUAGUGCAUAGAAACCGCGAGAAACUUUUUUGAUAAUUAUACACACGUUCCGGCGUAGUCAGAAACGCGGGAAUCGUUAAAUUAUGAUAAUCACGUCGUUAAGUCCGCAUAAUGACUCACGAAAUCAUACUAAUUUCUAUCCCCGAUUCUUUGGAAACGAAAAAAACCUCUUGUACGCAUGCGGUGUACGAUUGUUACUGUCUGCGAUUUCGAGAUUUUAACUUACUGCUACUUUUGUAACCACGAAUCCUUUUCUAUACAUACGUUCUCAUCAGAUGUAAAGCAAGAACCGAAUAAAAUUACUUUAAACAAACUA